GUGCCCACGGUGAGCGCAUCACAAGACAGGACAUGGUGGACAACACAAGCAUCUUGGACAGGGAGAAUAACAUGUGGAAGCUGAGGAUCCUCGAGGCCGCCUACAUCCUAGAACACUGCCCGUCCAUGUGUGAUCAGCGCGAACACAGGGGACGGAUCACGCUGACAGGAUAGGAGGUGAUGGUGAAGUGUGUGUGUGUGUGUGUGUGUGGGGAGGGGACUGUUCAGUGUAUAGUGAACGAGACAUUUCGUUCAUUCUGAUACGUUAGUAUCUGCUAGAUCGGUGGUAGUAGAUGGAGAUGUUGCAUGAUGGAAGCAGCACGUUUGAAUUUUCGAACUAGAUUCGAACAACCGUGCACUGAAUUUUGACAGGUCACAUCGCAUUUGUUUUAAGGUCAACAAAAAUGUAUGAAGUAACUUAGAUAUAAUGUAAGUGUUAAAUGUGAUGAGAGUGUAAAGUGUAAAUGCCUGAUGACGAAGCAUAUCGGCUAUCUCAUGUUACCGGUGCAUCUCUCGCGGCGGGGAUAACGCAGCCUGCGAGGACCCGUUCACGCGCAACGUCAGCAGUUCUGUCGAUCUGGCCCCGUGCAUGGGAGGACGACAGCUGCUCAGUGGCCUCUUCCCCUCCACGGCCUGUAUGAAGCUGGCCGGGGUCUUCAAGGACACCGGGGAGCGGGUACUGGUGCGCGGCUGUGCCCUCGACAGCGGCCAGCUCGUACCCGACUCCGAUGUGGUCCAAGUGGUGCACUGUGGCGGACUCAUCUUCCAGGACAGACACGUGCACGGCUGUCUCCAAAGCUGUGCCGAGGAGGACGGCUGUAACGGCUCUCAGAGCUGGUUCAGCUCACUCAGUCUCACAGCUCUCCUCACAGCAGCCUCCGCCGUCCUCCGGUAGCUGCAGUGACGUCAUUAUUGCCACUAUGACGUCAUCAUGUAUAUCAUGACGUCAGCAUUGUCAUCAUGACGUCAGAGCUGCAAUUAGUGCCAUCACUAUUGCUACCGUGAUGUCACCAUUUUCGACAUGGAUCACUAUUGCUACCGUGAAGUCAAAAUUUAUAUCAUAACAUCACUAUUACAGUAUUGACACCGAAAUUCCGUUAAUCAGUUAAUCCGUUUACCAGAGUGCAUGUGAAAGAGACAGUUUCGCGAAAUACCAACAGCUCAGCCACUUCAUCGCAAGUUAUCGUUGUGCGAAGUGGCAAUGGCAUAUGGGUGGCAAAAGGUUUGUUGCUUUCAUGCAAAAAUGCUAACAAGUUAUUGUA